UGCGGACGAAGGCUUCGAUGGCACCUACGCGACCAACGUUGUGGUAAGGAAUAAUGGCUCGUGUCUUUAUGUGCCGCCCGGUAUUUUCAAAUCCACCUGUAAAAUCGACAUCACAUGGUUUCCGUUCGAUGAUCAACGCUGUGAGAUGAAAUUCGGUUCAUGGACAUAUGAUGGCUUUCAGCUGGACUUGCAGCUGCAAGACGAGGCCGGUGGUGACAUUUCAAGUUUCAUAACGAACGGCGAAUGGGAUCUGCUAGGCGUGCCCGGUAAACGAAAUGAAAUCUACUAUAAUUGCUGCCCAGAACCUUAUAUUGACAUAACGUUCGCCAUUUUAAUACGACGGAAAACUUUGUACUAUUUUUUUAACCUAAUUGUGCCGUGCGUACUGAUAGCCUCAAUGGCACUGCUAGGCUUCACACUGCCCCCCGAUUCUGGUGAGAAGCUCUCGCUAGGUAAGUGUCGUAUGUCCGCACGCGUAGUGCUACCAGCACAAAAAUAAAAACAAAAAAAAACAGUCGAAUUAAAUUAAAUGCAAAAUUAUUAGACCUUCAAAUUUCAAUGAAAAUAGAAUUUUAAAGAAUUGUUACAACAAUUUGAAUUGAGUUUCGCAUUCGCCAAAUGAAAUCAAUCCCAACCCGCUCAACCUAGGUCCAAAUGUUUUUUUGGACAAUUUUUUCAUAGCUGCCUUACGAGAACUGCAUGUGCCUUCCAAUGAAUAUAACAGUCUUCCAGCUCCUCAUUUUUUUGGAACUGUUUUUUUUAAUAACUGAAGACAAAUUUAGUUCUAAAAUGAAGAUACAAUUUUUGGUACAUCGUUUUUUGCUUCAUGCCCACAACUUUUUGGCAAUGGCAAAGUAUAUGGCGGCACAUGUUUUUUCUUAGAGUUUAUAUUUGCAAUGGAAUAACGGAAUUAAUUCUUGCAUAAGUGCCACGAGCAGCAAGCAGUUGCUGCCAUUGUCGCCAUUAACAGCGCAUCAAGUGAGUCUGUUAGCAAAGUUUUUGGGGAUUUUCAUAUUUAUCUAAAAUUAAUGAUGUCUAAA